ACUUUCCUUUUAUACAAAAUGCUUUCUUUUCUCAUUUGCAGAUACAGAAGGAUGCAUGUGCGCACAACAAAAUAAAAUUGUACCAGAAGUGAGCCGAAGCUUUUUUUACGAGGCGCCUCUAAUAAGUUGAUUUCGUGAAUCUCGUAAAGCCAAUUACGUUGACAAGUAAGGCUGAGAAAAAUAAAUGUGUAAGAAAGGAUCGUUCUUUCUCUCGAAUCAAAAAUGAACGUCUGCCUCGCGCGUCGAUUGAUCGGGACUUCCGUCACCUAGGAUUAAAAUCGCUUAUCUCAAAAUCACCUUCUGAUUGAAGAAAAAUCAACGAGUGGUCUACGCUCGGUGACGACUGGGACCCGUCAUUGAGCGAAGAUGACCGCAAAAAACGACGUUCAACCCAACGGAGAUCUCUUCGUUCGAUAUGACAUCGAUACUGGAUGUUACUUCGACCGAGGAAAGUUCCUAUGCCAAUAACACCGAAGUGAACGCGGUGGAAAUCGACUGGCCGGACGUGUCGUCAGUCAUUAUGAAGGUCUGCAUCCUCGGCUCGAUCAUCACCACGGCUCUGUUUGGUAAUCUCCUCGUGAUGGUGUCUGUGAUACGACACAGAAAGCUACGGAUCAUAACAAACUACUUCGUGGUCUCACUAGCACUGGCAGACAUGCUUGUAGCGAUGUUCGCGAUGACCUUCAAUGCUAGUGUCCAGAUAACUGGCAGGUGGCUCUUCGGCUACUUCAUGUGUGACGUGGAACUCCUGGAUGUAUAUUUCAGCACCAGUUCGAUACUUCAUCUGAUGUGUAUCUCGGUGGAUCGAUAUUAUGCUAUCGUGAAGCCACUUAAGUAUCCCAUUAACAUGACGAAGAAAGUGGUGGCGUUCAUGCUGCUCGCUUGCUGGCUGGCGCCAGCCAUCAUCUCUUUUGUGCCAAUCUUCUAUGGUUGGUAUACCACGGAAGAGAACAGUGUGCACAGGCACAAGCAUCCGGAACUGUGUGAAUUCAAGGUCAACAGAAUAUACGCCAUACUUUCUUCGAGUAUUUCCUUCUGGAUACCCUGCACCAUCAUGAUGGUCACAUACUUUGCGAUAUUCAAAGAGGCUAACAAGCAGGAGAAGCAGAUGCACAGCAGACUGGGUAAUGCUAUGUUACUCAGUCACAGACCAAGCAAGGAUCUUAAUAAUUUAAACGGAGAAUUGAAUAGCGGCGGAUCAUCGAAAACCCUAACGCUGAAUGAGAUUAACACCGAACAUUUGCAUACACCCACGAAAGAUAAGCACAUGAUGAAAAUGAAGAGAGAGCAUAAAGCGGCAAGAACGCUAAGUAUUAUUAUGGGUACCUUCAUCCUCUGUUGGCUGCCAUUUUUCCUUUGGUAUGUCACUACGGCGCUAUGCGGCAAUUCCUGUCCAUGUCCUGACAUCGUAAUCGCGAUUCUCUUUUGGAUUGGAUAUACGAAUUCGGCAUUGAAUCCAUUGAUCUAUGCGUACUUUAAUCGUGACUUUCGAGAAGCGUUCAAGAACACUCUGCAGUGCGCUUUCUGUUCGCUCUGUAAGCGAGAACCGUCGGACCUUGAAGCACUGGAUUUCCGUCGGCCAUCUCUCAGAUACGACGAUCGUACUAAGAGCAUAUAUUCGGAGACAUACAUGAAGCACAUCGACCGACGAAGAUCGAGUGAAUUUGGAAGCAGUCUUUGAGACAAAACUACGUGUUAGUGGUAAAAACAGCGUCUCUAAACAUACAGUAUGUAAACACACUUAACAUAUGUAUCAUAUAUAUACAUACGUACACUAAUAAAAACGUAAUAAUA